UGGAGCUCAAGUCGUUGAGACGCGCAUCACCACACCACACCACCACCUCUCUCUCUCUAAGUCUUUCUUAUUAAUUAAUUGUCACUCUUUCUGCUUCAUCACCACCAUUCUUCUUCUUCCUUUCCUUUCCUUCUAUAAAAUCACUUUUUCUCUCCCUUCCCUUUCCCCUCAAGACCUCCUCAGCUCGUCGAGACUCCUCUCUCACUCACAAACAGUGAUAUAUAUAUAUAUAUAUAUAUAUAUAUAUAUAUAUAUAAAGCAGCAAAUCAAGUAGCAUCUCCGGUGAGAAUUGGAGUUUUCCGGUGUGAGAAGGAGCAAGAGUGCAAGGCAAGGCGCACAUGGAUGCAUCAACAGCUUUAAUGAUCCUAUCAACAAUUGCAGCCUAUUUAAUAUGGUUCUCCUUGAUGACUCGACCACUUAGAGGUCCACGUGUAUGGCCUCUAUUGGGUAGCCUUCCGGGUCUAAUCCAGCACGCCAACCGCAUGCACGACUGGAUCGCAGAAAAUCUACGUGCGUGCGGCGGCACGUACCAGACCUGCAUCUCCGCCAUCCCCUUCGUGGCAAGGAAACAGGGUCUCGUGACCGUCACGUGCGACCCCAAGAACCUCGAGCACAUCCUCAAGCUCCGAUUUGAUAACUACCCCAAGGGCCCCACAUGGCAAGCAGUUUUCCAUGACUUGCUUGGAGAUGGUAUCUUCAACUCAGACGGUGACACGUGGCUAUUCCAGCGCAAGACCGCAGCGCUGGAAUUCACCACGCGCACCCUUCGGCAAGCCAUGGCGCGGUGGGUGAACCGCGCCAUCAAGCACCGGUUCUGCCCCAUCUUAGCCGCAGCACAGGAGCGGAAAACCGUUGUGGAUCUCCAAGACCUCUUGCUCCGCCUCACCUUCGACAACAUUUGCGGCUUGGCUUUCGGUCAGGACCCAGAGACGCUCGCCGCAGAUCUCCCGGAGAAUGGUUUCGCUCUCUCUUUCGACAACGCCACCGAAGCCACGUUGCAACGGUUUAUUCUGCCAGAGAUCGUCUGGAAGCUGAAGAAGUGGCUCGGCUUGGGAAUGGAGUCGAGCCUUAAUCGGAGCUUAAAGCAAAUCGACCAGUAUCUCUCUGACAUCAUCCAGAAACGGAAACUCGAAUUGAUUAACAAGAGUGGUGGGGCCCUCCACGAUGAUCUCCUUUCACGAUUCAUGAAGAAAAAAGAUUCCUACUCAGACGAGUUCCUCCAACACGUGGCCCUUAACUUCAUCCUCGCUGGGAGGGACACGUCAUCAGUGGCGCUCAGUUGGUUCUUCUGGCUUUGCAUCAAGAACCCCAGGGUGGAGGAGGAAAUCCUCAUCGAGCUCUGCACCGUUCUGAUUGAGACACGUGGCACUGACGUGUCAAAAUGGACCGAGGAGCCACUCGCUUUUGAGGAGGUUGACCGGUUGGUGUACCUCAAAGCUGCACUGUCAGAGACACUGCGACUCUACCCCUCCGUGCCGGAAGACUCCAAGCACGCGGUGAACGACGACGUUUUGCCGAGCGGGGAAUUCGUGCCGGCAGGAUCAGCGGUGACAUACUCGAUUUACUCCGUCGGGAGGAUGAAGUUCAUUUGGGGCGAGGACUGCCUGGAGUUCAGGCCCGAGCGGUGGCUCUCUGCCGAAGGGGACAAGAUUCAGAUGCAGGACAAUUACAAGUUUGUUUCGUUCAACGCGGGCCCCAGGAUCUGCUUGGGGAAGGACCUGGCCUACCUGCAGAUGAAGUCCAUCGCGGCGGCGGUGUUGCUUCGCCACCGCCUCACGGUGGCGCUGGGGCAUCGCGUGGAGCAGAAGAUGUCGCUGACGCUAUUCAUGAAGUAUGGGCUGAAGGUGAAUGUGCACACUAGGGAUCUCGCGACUGUGCUUGAAAAGAUAACAAACAAAGGUGAAUCGUACGGUCAAUGAAGGAAGCUGGGCUCAAAUAGAUAUUCACAUCAUCAAAUAAAUUAAAUAAAACAUGAUAAUUAUGUGGGAUAAAAAUAUAUUUAUACUCCUAUUAUAGAGGGAUGAUGUGCCAUUUAUUUAGUUUAAUUUUCAUUACACUAUCUCAUUCUCCUCAGUAAUUUGUAUAGAUAAAAAUUAAGCAAAAGUUUUUCAGUACUUGUCAUGAUCAUGCUAUCUUUAUGGUGUGAUGAAAUUUUAAAUGGAAAGUAAUGCUCGAGAGAUUACAUAGUAUGAAUUUAAUUUUGCUGUAAAUGUUGAUCUUCAUAA